CCCGGCAGUGACGUUUUUAGGUGGGAAAGGUGGAAAGAACUUAUUUUUACACCUGGGCUGCUGGGGAACGAAAUACACUCCACCUCUUGAGGCCAGGCUUUUAGGUCGCAACGCCCCGAAGCAGGCUUGGGGUUCUCAGCGAUCUUGCUGUCUCUAGGCUGACGUUAGGGACCUGGCGAGUGUCCAGCUCUCAGUGGACAGUGCUUGGCUGUCCCGGGAGGCUCCAGCUCAGUGCCCAGCACUGCCCCCUGACCGGUCUGGGCCCCUCCCGUCAGGUGAGCCCAAACUGGAGCAGGCACGUGAGCACCCUCCCACCCCCAGACACCCAUAAUCCCAUCGGCGGGCUCCCCACCAGUCUGAGCAACUUGCUUCUCGGGACAGCAGGGUGCUGGGGGCGCCCUAGCUGGGCUACCGAGCCACCACAGAAAGGGAGGACAGCAGAGAAGGUGCCAACCUGAAGGAGAGGGAGGCAUGGAGGCAGUGCUGUGCAGCAGGGCCAAGCUGCUGGCCGGCAGGCUCUGGACGGCCAUCAGCAAGGCUCUGUUUGCCGAGUUCCUGGCCACGGGGCUGUACGUGUUCUUUGGUGUGGGCUCCGUCCUGCCCUGGCCCGUGGCGCUCCCGUCUGUGCUGCAGAUUGCCAUCACCUUCAACCUGGCCACGGCCACGGCCGUGCAGAUCUCCUGGAAGACCAGCGGCGCCCACGCCAACCCUGCUGUCACCCUGGCCUACCUCGUGGGCUCCUACAUCUCUCUGCCCCGAGCCGUGGCCUAUGUGGCCGCUCAGCUGGCGGGGGCCACCGUCGGUGCAGCUCUCCUCUACGGGGUGACUCCGGGAGGUGUCCGAGAGACCCUGGGGGUCAACGUGGUUCACAACAGCACGUCAACCGGCCAGGCGGUGGCUGUGGAGCUGGUCCUAACGCUGCAGCUCGUGCUCUGUGUCUUUGCUUCCAUGGACAGUCGGCAGACCUUGGGGUCCCCAGCCGCCAUGAUUGGGACGUCUGUGGCACUGGGCCACCUCAUUGGGAUCUACUUCACCGGCUGCUCAAUGAACCCAGCUCGCUCCUUUGGUCCUGCCGUCAUUGUUGGCAAGUUCGCGGUCCACUGGGUGAGGACCGCCACGGGUAUAGCCUAGGGUU